GCUCAGUAGGACUUUAAACUGUGCCGUGGCGUAGGGCUUUGCUCUGAGGAAAGCGGACAGAUUUAACGCUCUUAAAGGAGUUCUCACAAACGUCUCAAAAUGGUAGCUGCUACACAGUUUUCAUUCUUAGUCCUUCUUAUGGCAGCUAUGGCCUCCUCAACUAGUGCAGCUACACCAACUGCAAACACAGCAACUACAGACACGACAGCUGCAACCACAACAGUUGCAGCCUCAUCAACAUCUGGCAGCGCAGCACCUGCAGGCUCAUCAACAGCUUCCGGACCUACAGCUGCACCUGGCACAGGCCCGACCACCACAGCUGCACCUGGCACAGGUCCGACCACCACAGCUGCACCUGGGCCAGAUACAACCCGAAGCCCAAUACUCGCCUGUCUGCACUGUAACGGGACAGACGACAGUAACGACCCUUGUCGGACAGCCGCUGCAACUACCUGGAACACUAAUAUCACCUGCAACACAGCUGCAGGCUGCUGGGUUUACCGUGAGGAAAACACCACCAGCGGUGACUUCACGAUCUCCCGAGGAUGUGGGCGGAGCGAUGUGAACGAUGGAGAGUGCACCGAGCAGAAGCAAACUGAACAGUGCGAGAAUGCCAACGGCCUUUCGGUUUGCCGCCGCUGCUGUACUUCAGCCAUGUGUAACGACGUCGGCCAGACCCUCGUGGGACCUGGAUCUGUGGGAACUCCUACAGCUUACGUCAGCACUGUCGUCAUCGUGACGUCAUUCAUUAUGGCCGUCUUCUCAAACGACCUUCUCCUGUAGACAUAGGUAUCAGUCUGAGUGACGUCACGUUUGGUUGAUGUCAAAAUGAUGAUGCGAUACCUAUAUCGAAAAUAACAUGUACAUAUUAAGUUUCGGUGUUUCAAACUUUUUAAAGAGUGUGUGCCAAAAUAUAACGUUACAGUGCGGGUAUCAAUUUGUGGAAGAAGGGCAUCGUCAUGUUUUUUUUUUUUUGUUUGUAAAUUUGUUGUGACGUUUAACUUUCUUCCUUUGUGAUACCCAGCAUAUAUCCUACCUGGAAACUAUCAAAUACGUAGUAGAACCCAUCGGCACUUGGGCGACUGCCUAAGAGAGGACCUGGCAAAGUGAACUGUCCGUUUACGUACAGACGACGCCAUGACAUAUGACGUAAUGACGACAUGGUCUCCAUGACGACAUUUCUGACCUGAGACAUGUCUGACGUCACUUGAAGCGACGCCCCUACGUCAUGAUGUACAGGGAUUUGCCAGGUUCUUCGACUUUGUCAUCUAUGAUAAUGUGUCUCAAUCAAGAUCCAAAGGCAAGAACAAUGUAAUAACGAAUGGACAUGUGACUUGUGAAACUUAUAAAGGGAAGAUAUCUCUCAGUUUUGUGGAUUGAUUUUGAACCUAUAAUGUUUCAUGUAUUGAUUUCAUACCAUUUUGGGUGUAUGCAUUGUUACAAGUGGUAAUGGUGUUUCAGAUACAACGGUAAACUCUAGAGCUAUGAUUGUAGAUUUAUGUAUACAACGUAUCUUGAAUGAUACAGAGUAGUGGUAUUGUGAUUUGUAAUAUAAUGUUCAAUGUCACGAUUUUUAAAUUCUAAUUGAGGAACUUUGUUAUUCUUAUGAUAAUAUAAUGUGUGCAGUGGCUGAAAAUUCGACAGAAUGUGACACUGUGUAUGUGACAUGCCAGUCGAUUUUAGAGAACUCAACUUUGAUAUUUGUGUUGAUAUUUUGACCAUUUGUAUAAUUUUGCUUAUUAUACAACUUUUUUGGUGUGAGAAAGGUGACUGCGUGACACGUUAAUAGAUAAAAGCAAUGGCAUUCUAGAUCGGAAUAGGCAGAAAAUACAGACCUUUCAUGUUUUGUUUCAAAAUAAAGCGUGUCGAGAAAAUCGUUCUUCAGUUGGGUACCGUACAAUCCAAGUACAGGGGGAACAAUUUGACCAAUGAUACCAACAUCUUGUCAAGGAACGUCAAGCCUUGCAAAAAAAGUUAAAUCUCCAGACAGAUGUUUCGGUCGAGAGGGCUAGGAGUCCGCCGCGAUUUUCCUCUCACAGGGAUUGCAGCGCUAAAAGUCCAGGUCAUCCCUAUUAGCCACUCCAAAACCUCCUACCUCUACUUGGAGAAUGGCAAAAAUUAUCUGGCUGCAGCACAGGUGGUCCUGCUUUGCUUGGGUGAACAAAACUGUCCAUGAACACUGUCGACAAACACUUCCAUACAA